AUGGGGACCGAGAUCCAGUCUUUUCCACUCGAAUCAUAUCUCGCGGUCCUGGUACGCUUCCUGGACGCCAUUCAGUAUUGCGAUACCAGCUACUCUCGAGAAGAUGGCCUAGCCAUCCUCCGCGAAGUCUACAGCCAAACGGCGCAGCACUUUUCCCGCCCGGAACAAAAGCAAUCCCUCAAUGGCAUCUCAGACCGUCAGCUGGAGGUCAUCAUGCGCACAAGCGCCCAGGUCACGGUUCAUUGCUGGACCAAGUUGACACCCCAAGAGUUGACUGCCGUGAGCAUAUAUUGGGUCUACAUUGUCAUCCUGGACGAUAGUAACGAUAACCCCCAUGAUGGAAUGUCAUCCUUCUUUGGGGAUCUCGUCCAUGGCAAGCCGCAACGACAUGGUUUCUGGCGCGCCAUGAAUAACUACUUGCCCGAUCUCCUCGCUAAUUAUGGGCCCUUUUGCUCGUUCAGUAUCGUCCGAGGCACACUUGACUACUUCGAAGGUUGCUGGAUUGAGCAGUACAACACCCACGGCCUUCGCGGCUCGGUCAACUUCCCAGGCUUCCUCCGCCGUCUGAAUGGCCUGGGCCAUGUCGUAGGCGGGACUCUAUUUCCUUCCCGCGAAUUCGACGACCGGGUGCAGCGGCAGUUUGAACAAAUUGCCAGUGUCACAGCUGAGACAGAGCCCUAUACGACUUUGGCCAACGACCUGCUCUCCUACUUCAAAGAGUUUGACAAUUCCCGUGACCAAGUCAACCUCGUCCGGAACUGGGCAUAUGUCGAGGACAUGCGGAUCGAAGACGCGUUCCAACGUCUGGCGGAUGAGACGAUUCUCACUGGGGAACGACUUGUCAGCAUGCUCAAGGACUUGGACCCUGGAUUCAGGGAGACUGUGCUGGGCCUCCUACACGGCUACGUGACCUGGCACCUUUGCGACCAGCGGUACCGGAUGGCGGAUGUCUACCAACUCGCAAGUUGCCUGGAUUCGGCGGAAGCCGCGAGAUUUUGUGAAUAUUAUGAGACUACCAUGCGUGUAUGGGGUUUUGGCAUUGACGAUUGGGCGAAGACAGAGUGUCUUCAAAAUGAGACAUGA